UUGCAUUACUGUAUUGUUGGCAUUUAGUGUGCAGUGCAGAAUUGCGUGCGACACACAAAGCAUAAGCGUUGCACAAAACACGAAGUAAAAACGAAAGAAAAAUAAAAUUAAAAAAGUACAAAAAACAAAAAAGUUAAUAAAUCGAAUUAAGUGGAAAUUAUAGAAAUCAUGCCGUCCGAAAACCAUAAAGAUAUCGAAAUCGGCAACAAAGUGGAAAAUGUUGGUGCCAGCGACAAUGUGGAAAGCGUAAGCGCCGCUGCCGCCACCCCCGCUAAUGCUGCAGCAGCCGCAGGUACAGCAGCGCCCAGUGCAGUGAUAGUCGUGGCUAAGGAAUCGGUGCCCGCCGAUACCAUUACGAAUGGCAGCUCGAACGUGAAAAGUACGACGACGUCAGCCGCACCGCCAAGUAAGGAGUCAGCAGCUUCUCAAUCGCAAGAGCAGCCGAAACAAGAAUCCACUGCCAUGCAGGCAAAUCUGCACCCGGCCAUGCAACCAAUGCAACAAUCUGUCGCAGGUAAAAUGGAUGAAGACGCCACCCUCACCAAUUUCAAGGUGUUGUACGUGGUGACGCAGCUAUGCGGUAUAACAAUGAUCGUUCUAGCUGGUUGUUGGGUUGGCAUACAUUUCGGUGGCUUUAGUGGCAGUGCCACUCCCAGAGUUGAAUUUAACUGGCAUCCGCUAUUUAUGACAAUCGGCCUAAUAUUCUUAUAUGGCAAUUCCAUUUUGGUAUAUCGUGGCUUCCGCAACGUCAGCAAGAAGACCCUGAAAAUAUCACACGCCAGCAUUCAUUUGAUCGCCUUUGUAUUGACCGUCAUUGCUCUGAUAACCGUCUUCGAUUCGCACAAUCUGGUUGAUCCACCAAUACCAAACAUGUAUUCCCUGCACUCCUGGUUGGGAAUCGGUGCUGUUAUCGUUUUCGGUUUGCAAUAUGUGGCAGGAUUUACAGCUUAUUUAGCACCAGGCUGGCGGCAGACGCUUAAGGUCGCUUAUAUGCCACUGCACAUCUACUUUGGCCUAUUUGGAUUCGUUUUAGCCAUAGCAAGUGCUCUAAUGGGCAUCACCGAGAAAGCUAUAUUUGCAAUUUCCGAUUACUCUUCGUUCUCGAAUGCCGGAGUGAUGGGCAACAGCUUGGGAGUGUUGUACGUGAUUUUUGGCGCCUUAGUUAUGUACUUGGUCACUGAGUCUUCCUACAAACGGAAACCAUUGCCGGAGGAUACCAUUCUGUUGACGGGCGCAAAUGAGUAGACGCUGACGUAACACUGCAUACGAAGGGGGGGAACGUUCGAAGAUAGUGAAAAAAUUACAACUUUAUGUUCUUACUUAACUUUGUCUUUCUACGCUAUUACGUUUUUACGUUAGAACACAUUACGUUUAUACGGACAAGAUUACCGCGAGGUGCUAAGACAACGAUGCAAACAUACAUAUGUAUAUGCGGACAUAUGCACUUACAUAUGUUAAAAUAAAUGCACAAUCAAACGCACAUUUUUAUAAAAAGAUGUUUGUCGAAAAAUUGGGUGCUUAAUCAAUUUUAAAAUUUCGGUGCUUAUCUUAAGUAUUUUCUGUUUACUGAUACAUAUUUGUGUAUUUAUUUGUUUUACGCAACUAAACAUACAUACUAUAUACUGAUAUAUUUAUAUACAUACAUAUUUAAAUAUAGCAUAUACAUAUGUACUAAUUUAUAUUUCCAAAUGGUCUGGGGAGGCCGUAUACCUACAGCACAAAAACUGUGGUGCUUGUUAAGGUUCGUAAGCGCUUAAUGCAAUUUACACAAAUACAUAUCGUCAUUU